CCCUUUUUUUGGGGAAAUCUCGCGAGGGAGGGGGGAGAAAGUCUCGCGAGAUGUCCCCCUCGGCGUCUUUCGUGAGGUGAAAAGUCCACACUCGGGACGAAGGCGGCGGAGCCAUGUUGGGGGCAAUUCUCUGGCGGCGGAGAGCGGUCUUAUUGCUUCAUCGGUUCCAGAGCACCCUAGUAAUAGCUGAACAUGCCAAUGAGACUCUUACGCCUAUUACGUUAAAUACUAUCACCGCAGCCAAACGUAUUGGAGGUGAAGUGUCUUGUUUAGUAGCUGGCACCAACUGUGAAAAGGUGGCCCAGGAGUUGAGCAAAGUGCAAGGGGUGGCCAAAGUUCUCCUGGCCCAGCAUGACGCCUUCAAGGGACUUCUGCCUGAGGAGCUGACACCAUUGAUCCUGGCAACUCAGAAGCAGUUCAAUUACACCCACAUCUGUGCCGGAGCCUCUGCCUUUGGGAAGAGUCUUCUUCCCAGAGUAGCAGCAAAGCUCGAUGUGGCUCCUGUCUCAGACAUCAUUGACAUUAAAUCUCCUGACACUUUUGUCAGGACAAUUUAUGCAGGCAAUGCUCUGUGUACAGUGAAGUGUGAGGAGAAAAUAAAAGUGUUCUCUGUGCGAGGCACUUCCUUUGAGGCUGCCCCAGUGAGUGGUGGUGGGGCUAGUGUAGAAAACGUAUCUGCUGCUUCGCCAGUGGGUCGAUCUGAAUGGAUUGAACAAAAGCUGACGAAAAGCGACCGUCCAGAACUGACCAGUGCAAAGGUUGUUGUAUCGGGCGGCCGAGGCUUGAAGAGUGGAGACAACUUUAAACUGCUUUAUGACCUGGCAGAUCAGUUACAUGCUGCAGUUGGUGCUUCUCGUGCAGCUGUGGAUGCAGGCUUUGUCCCCAAUGACAUGCAGGUUGGACAGACUGGCAAAAUCGUAGCCCCGGAGCUGUAUAUCGCUGUUGGAAUAUCUGGAGCCAUUCAGCAUUUAGCAGGGAUGAAAGAUAGCAAGACCAUCGUAGCCAUCAACAAGGACCCAGAAGCACCCAUAUUCCAAGUUGCAGAUUAUGGCUUGGUAGCAGACUUGUUUAAGGUUGUUCCCGAGUUGACAGCAGCCUUGAAAAAAUGAAAACUCCCCCCAGGUCGGGGGGAAAUGGGGUGCACCUUCAAGCUUUGAGAUAAUUAAAAAAAAUAGAAUCUUAAAUUAUAUUUUAUCUAGGGAAAAAUAAUGGCAACCAUUUAAUUAUUGCCAAAAAUGGGAGCUCUGGAUGACCUUUAGGAUGCCUUCUAAUAUAUCUAUUUUUGCCUGCAACUUGGGUGCUGAACGGGUUUUUCCUAAUUAUGUAAUAAAUAUGCAUCUCGUCUUUGCAUAUUAUACUUUGCUGACCUGAUAUUUAUGUUCAGUAACAACUUUGUGUGCCUUAAGGGUCCCUUGUUGACUUACAUUCUCCAUGCCUCUUGCCUUAUGUACAUUUUGUGUGUGCAACUCCGCAAUAUUAGACCUGGUUAGCGUCCUCUUUGAGCAAUACAGCAGGAUCUAACCAGUCCAUAGAGGUUUGUUAUAGAUCCUUGGAAGAAAGGUUUAAAUACCAUCCUCUUGAUUUUCUUUUGCUGGAUUUUGGUCUUAAUUGUCCUGACAUCUGUAUCCUGGGACUGGCGCAUGCCUCCCUCUUAGCAGACUGAAUCUGAUUGUGACGCGAGGAGACAGCCUCCAUCACAACGUGGUGCGGAGGGUGAGGAUGUUAGUUGUAACCAGAAGAGAAACCUCAGGGACAUCCUGUCUGGGACAGUUAGGCUUAGAGAGACAGAAUGGCCACAGAGUUGGAAGAGACAAGGGACAGAGCAGGCAUGCCUUUGGAAAAUUGAAACCUAGGGAUGGUUUGCAAUGAUGAAUGGCUGCAUCUGCUUGUGACAAACGCCGUGCGCCAUUGGGAACUGGAGAAGUAUACCGCCCUGAGGUAUUGAGUUACAGAAAAGUGUAGGUGAGCAAUGAAAGAGAUCAUUGAGGCUGUGCUCUGUGGCAAGAGAUAGAAAGCCUCUUCUGUUUACCAGGCCAGCAGCAGCAGCAUCUAUUCUUUCUUAGGGAUUCAGGUCAGAAAUAGAACCGAAGUAGUACUGUUAACUCCUGCUUUCUCCAAUAAAAGGGGAUGGUGGUGAAGAUAAAUAGAUGGAUUGCUGUGAGUUUUCCAGGCUGCUUGCCAUGUUCCAGAAGCAUUCUCUCCUGACAUUUUGCCCACAUCUAUGGCAGACAUCCUCAGAAGCUGUGAGGUCUGUUGGAAACUAGGCAAGGGGAGUUUAUAUAUCUGUGAAAUGUCCAGGGUGGGAGUAAGAAGUCUUGUCUGUUUGAGGCAAGUGUGAAUGUGUUGUCGAAGGCUUUCAUGGCCGGGAUCACAGGGUUGUUGUAUGUCUUUCGGGCUGUGUGGCCAUGUUCCAGAAGUAUUCUCUCCUGACGUUUUGCCCACAUAGAUGCCUGCCAUAGAUGUGGGCGAAACGUCAGGAGAGAAUACUUCUGGAACAUGGCCACACAGCCCGAAAGACAUACAACAACCCUGCAAGUGUGAAUGUUGCCAUUUGGCCACCUUGAUUAGCAUUGAAAGGCCUUGCAGCUUCAAAGCCUGGCUGCUUCCUGCCCUUGGUUGGGAGUUGUUAGCUGGACCCGAUUGUUUCCUGUCUGUGAUUCCUCUGUUUUCUGAGUGGUGUUCUUUAUUUAUUGACGUCAGGAGAGAACGCUUCUGGAACAUGGCCAUACUGCCCGGAAAACUCACAGCAACCAAGAUAGAUGAUGUACUUGCCCUAAAAGCAAGUACGUAGCUGUGAAUGUCGUUCUCCUCUUGGGGUGAAAAAAACCUAGCUCACGUCACCCCAGCCUCCCUUUGCUUUUCCUAAUGUUCCUUCCUUCUGUCCUUCUGUCCAUCCUUCUUUCCUCCCAUCCAACUAUCUGCCCACUCUACUUCCCUCCUCUCUGCCCAUCCAAAUUUACUCCUAUCUUCCUUUUCUCUCUUCCUUCUUCACUCUUGUCCUCCUUUCCUUCCUUCCAACUUCCCUCCCGUCCUUCUUUCCUCUCGUCUACCAUAAUAGGCCACCCCAAUAUUUCAAGCGAAUGCCACCCCAAUACUAGUUCCAUUUGUUACCCAAAAAAGCACAAUUUUUUAAGUUUUUUGUUAAAAAACCACCCUUUUAAUUAAAACAAUAUUUGUAAAAUGUCCAUCUGUUCUGUUGUCUUGGAGGCAAUUAGUUUUGUCAAAAUAUUUUCCCCCAAAGUUCAUGCUAAAAAUAAAAAGGGAUUAUGUCCCCCCCCCCCAAUGUCUUUGAUCGGCAUCAUUCAAAGUGCUCCCUGAAAAAAUGUUUUUUCACUCUCACUUUUCCCCAGGAAGAACAAAAAUAAUUGCCAUAUUUAUACAAAGGUGUUUUUUUUUUAUAGCUGUCAUGUACAAAGGAAAACCGUAAGAAAUUGUCGUAGGAGAGAUGUUUACCUCUGUGUAUACUGUACCCUGCUGAAACCUGACCUGAUAGAAGAUUGUCCAGAGUUUCAUAAAAAUAGUGGGACUUACGUAUGCCUUUUUUGUUGUUCUUUUUUUAAAAAAAGAAAUGUGUUAAGAAUCUAUACAUCUUUGAGGUCUUUGUUUGAACAGAGUGGUUCUCCCCAGCCCCAUUUCUUCUUUGGGGGGUGAAGCCUGAGGGCUUUGUAUGGUUGAAAUGGCAACGUUUCUCGUGCUGGCUUUCCCAACUCAUGCAUUUUUUUUAAAAUGAAUUUUCCUCUUAUUCCAAUCUAUGCAAAAGACCCUCCCAGGGAUGGUUUGGCAGUCCCCCCUUAAAGGUGAAGCCUCUCCUCCAUUUAUGAAUGUACCCCCCCCCCUCCCCAUGGCAACACAAGGACUAUGAAUCUGGGACCCUGUUUAACUUUUGUUCUUUGGAUUCCAAAGAUGUAUACUUGUCGAUCAUUGGCGCGUUCUGCUGGAAGUGGAUGACCGGCUUGAUCUGAAACACGCCAAAGCUUUCCUGGUUCUUCUUGUUGUAAAGGUUCAUGCGGUGCUCCAGUUCGGGGCUGGCUUUGGUCGACCCGGCCGGGCUGGGCAGUUUCAGGUUGACUGGGUCUAGUCUUUUCUGCGUCAAGCAGGAAUCGUCGGACAGAGACGAGAGCAGUUCUUGCACCACGGCGUUGUUGACCCUGCUGUGGGCGGAGGAGGAGGAGGAGGAGGACGAAGAGCCGGCCGGGUUGCCUUUGGCCGCGUGGACACCGGCCCGCUCCAAGGGGCAGUACUCGGAGGACUCCUCCCGGGUGGUGCUGCAGUCCGUGGAGGAGCCAAAGGUCUGGCUGCUGUCGCUCUGCGCCCGCGUGACGGAGCUGUCCGUGGAGCGAGAGGCGCUGCCCGAGGCCACGCUGGUGGACGUUCCGUUGCUCCCCACGAUCUUCAUUGGCACUUCCACGGUAAAGAGGUCGGAGGAGAUGUUGGGGUGGUGGACGUCGAUGGCAGCCGUCGUGAUGACGCAGAUGGCACCUCCGGGAACACCGCUGUCUGCACACAAGCAGGAAAAGGGGUAGAACCUUAACAGCUGAGCAACUCUUGCAGGUAUCAGAAAUACAGUAGAGUCUCGCUUAUCCAACCUUCGCUUAUCCAACAUUCUGUAUUAUCCAACACAAUCUGCCUUUUAGUAGCCAGUGUUUUUGUAGUCAAUGUUGUCAAUAUAUUGUGAUGUUUUGGUGCUAAAUUUGUAAUACAGUAAUUACUACAUAACAUUACUGUGUAUUUAACUGCUUUUUCUGUCAAUUUGUUGUAUAACACAUUUUGGUGCUUAAUUUGUAAAAUCAUAACAUAAUUUGACUUUUAACUGGCUUUUCCUUGAUCCCUCUUUAUUAUUUAUUUACAGUUUUUAUAUUCCGCCCUUCUCACCCCAAAGAGGACUCAGGGCGAAUCACAUUACACAUAUAAGGCAAACAUUCAAUGCUGUAACAUAGAACAGAGACAGACGCAGGCACUGGGCUGGCCUCGAACUCAUGACCUCUUGGUCAGAGUGAUUUUUUGAAGCUGGCUGCUAACCAGCUUGCGCCACAGCCCGGCCUUUUCCAACAUUUUCACGUAUCUAACGUUCUGCUGGCCCGUUUAUGUUGGAUAAGCAAGACUCUACUGUAAUUAUAUUAUUAUUACUACUUGGGAAACAGGUCUUGGCCUGAACUGUGGUCCCAACUAAACAAGACCCAAGAACUCAGUUUAUCCCCGCCUCAGCCAAACUUCUUUUCAUCGAGAACUAUAUCAGCCUUAUGGUUGCCUUCAAAGGCUCAUUGAAUCCAUGGAUGGAGAUUAGAAUUUUAUUACAUAGUGGGCACUGCUCUUAGGUUUUUACCCAGUUUGAUUCUCCAGAUGUUAUUAAACGACAGCUCCCAUCACUUCCGAUUAUCCACCGUGCAGACUGAGGAUAAUGGGAAUGUUUGUAUCUAAAUUGAAACUCCAACAAACAGCAGCCUUCCAGACCUUCCUGUGCCUCAAAUGAUGAGGAAUGCAGGAGUUGUAGUUCAGCAUCUGGGGGGAGGGCAGCAUUAAAUGACAUUAUGAGCCAGAUUUGUCCUGCAGGCCUUGAGUUUGACAAAUGUGUCCUCAACAGUUGUUCCCAAACUUUGGUUUUGGGACUUCAACUCCCAGAAAUUCUGGCCAUACUUCAAGAGGUUGAAGUCGAAAAGCUAAAGUUUGGGGGACACUGUCUGAUAUUGGAAGUUCAUAUUUGUGGGAGAUCACCAAUGAAGCCCAGGUGCUCUGAGCAGUAUUUUAUAAUUUGAAACCAACCUUUAGACGAAUAAAUUCUCUAUUUAUGUACUAAGACUCUUGACUGCUCAUUUUGGAGGAUGGAGCCCAGGUACUUAGUAAGAGCCUACUUUCUAUUUAGGAUGGUUCUCUACAAAUGAAAAAUGGUGUUACCUUAAAGGAAUCCCCCAUCCGAGCACAAAAUUGGGCAACGUGCUUUGGAUGUAUGACAUUUCAGAAUACUAUCUGUUGACUCUUCAUGGACUUCUAAAGGUAAGUUUACGUAUGGGUCUGGAAGGGGGGAAGGCAUCCAUUUGGAUUGUGACCCAGUGACCGCUGCUCUAGCUUUAAUCUUUGCUGGUGUUGAGUUAUUUUAUCCUUCUCUGUCUCAGUUUAACCCCUUUAAAAGGUUCUCAGCAUGAAGCUCUCUUCUCCUCCGCUUUCCCCAAUGGAGAUUCGCUUUCCCUCCUGCUCCGUUUCCAUCUGAGAUGCCCUAUUCUUAAAUGAAACUAGGCAGACCUCAAAGGGCAGCUGAACCUUAAAAUCAUUAGGAUUGACUUCUUGGGGAGCCCAGGGGUUUCUAGAAGAAAAAACGAAGGAAGCCCUUUGCUCCAGACAGUCCUUCAAGAAACAUAUGAAAGCUCUCCAACUUCUAUUUAACAGAACCUUCAUUCAAAAAUACAUUAGUCGAUCGAUCUGGCACUGUUUUGUGUUUGUAAACCCUAUCUAUUCUAUCAAAGUUGAUGUAGUCAUAAUAAUAGGAAGUAAUAACACUAUUGUCUCCUGAUUAUAGCUGAAUGUUUUAAAUGUGUAAUUAAAAGGAAGAUAAGAACGACAUGAAACUAUCCCAUAUCAGUACAACUUUACAAAUAGCUGUAGGGUUUAUAUGACUGCCAUUCUUUACAAGUAGAGUGUCCCUAUCCUGUGCUGUUUAUUUGCAGGACUUUAAACACAUCAACAUUUUGUACAUGCAUGAUUAUGGAUUAAAAUCAGCCCCAAGCAAUUUUUUUAAAAAGCAAGCAAAUUACUGAGUUAAAAUCACACUAUUUUGGUCCAAAGGAUGCUUCCCCAUCCAGAGUUAUCAAAUUUCUCAUUCUAGUCAGUUCCGCUCCAUUCAACGAGAUGUCUUUACAAGGAAUAUCUGCAAAUCUAUGUACCUUAUAUCCUUAUAUACUUGCCCUCAUGUAUAUAUGUUGAUGGCUGGUUUUGGAGCCAUAAUAACCGACUUUGAUGAUUCAAGAAUAACUUGUGGGAUAUUCUAUGGAGAAGGGAAAGGGUUUUUUGCCACUGUACUAAGAGAAGAUGAUGGUACCUUUUUAAUAAGAGUUAAAUUGAUCUGUGGAUAAAUCAACCCUGGUUUUGGGGUCAUUUUAAAACUACAAUUCCUAGACCUAGUAUAUUCGGGUAAAUCAAAAGCUCAUCAUUCCAGACUUACCGCUACUGGGCUCAUUGUAAUAUUGACUGAUGUAGUUGUUCAUGUCAUCUUUCACCAUUGCCUCUGAAACGUAAAAUGAGAACGGUCAACUGCAAAACUCUGGAGACAUAUUGGGUGUUUAGAGAACCAGCACACAUCAUAAUCUGGAGGCAUUUAAAUCCUGUUUCGGGAUUUGGAUGUACUUCCAAAAACACUAUGCAUUAUUCGGAUGAUCUUCGAUGGCUAUAUAUCAAUAGAGAUAUGUAUGUAGUCAGUAUCCUAAUGGGUAGCUGUGAGUUUUCAAGUCUGUAUGGCUUCUGUGCUCCAGAAGCAUUCUCUCCUAACAUUUCGCCCACAUCUAUGGCAGGCCGCAACCUCUGAGGAUACCUGCCAUAGAUGUGGGUGAACUGUCAGGAGAGAAUGCUUCUGGAACAUGGCCAUACAGCCUGGAAAACUCACAGCAACUCAGUGAUUCCAGCCAUGAAGCUAAACCAGGCAUGGGCAAACUGGGGCCCUCCAGGUGUUUUGGACUUCAACUCCCACUAUUUUGCUGCUGCAGUUCUUCCAUUUAUGCAGACAACAGAGCUGUACCUGGUUGACUAAUAUUUUAAUUGUUGUAAACUCUUGUUUUUAUUGUAUUACUGUUUUAUCUUUUGUAUAUUGAAUUGUAUUUUGUGGCUUUUUGCUCAAUUGUAUUGUUUGGGCCUUGCCCCAUGUGGCGGGGUAUAAAUAAAGUUUUUAUUAAUUAUUA